AUGGUAGAAGACACUGAAAUGAGGAUCAAAGGAAGCAGAAAAGGCAAGAACACCCAGGUUCGGGUCAACAAUGAUGCCACAAAUGAGAACAAGCCAGAGGCCAUCGACAAUGAAGCUGACAAAGACACUGAUUCCAACUCCAACUUCAAUGAUGGCAACAAAGAAUACAAUGUAAAUUACCUCGUUCUAGAUGUAAUCAAGGAGUACCUUACUUUCAACCAAGUAUGGAGAAAGAUCGAAAAUGGUCUCAUGAAUGAAGCCACCAAGACAUCUCACAGACUUGCACUCAUCUCACAGCUCAAUGAUACAAAGAUGUUUCACUCAGAUGCCAGAAAGCUAAUUCAAGAGAUCUGGUCCAUACAGACUGAAAGUAGCCUCCUUGGAAAACCAUUCACUGAUGAUACAUUGUUCUUGGCUCUGCAGAAAUGCAUGAUCUGGCAUCUGGUGUAUAAGGAGACAGUUGCCACUGUUCAUCAAAUCGAUUUCAACACCCUCACCACUGCACUAAGCAUCCAACAGACCACUGUUGAGAGCAUCCCUGCACAAAAGAUCGACCCCUGCCAAGCCAGUGCUUGGACCACCGGCAAUGAUGACCAAAGCAAAUGGACUGGAGAGACUGAAGCUGAAGCCGACAAUAGCCACACAAUCCUGAAGAAUGCAGGAAGAUCAUGCCAAAUCUGA